GACUGCGGACCAAGGCAAUUACGACCCGGAGAAGCCGCAGCGGCUCGGAGACUCUGCAGGCUACAGGAAGACAGAGAACGGGGCUGGGGAGCAUUUUUACGUGACGUGACCUAUUUCAUUUGAAACUUUUCAAAGUGAAGCCUGUUUUUUCUCUGGGUAACGCUCGCUGAUUUGGUGUGUUCCCACACCGGGCUGGAGGUCGGUACCAACAGGAAUAUGCUCAGGAAUACACCAGUUUUUGUUACUCUGAAGAAGUGAAAGGGUUUUUUUUACGGAUCCGAAUUUAAGCUGGACCCCCCUCCCAAACUUUUCUUGGUAUUCGGUGUCGAUAUGGCUUGGAUUAAAUUGGGCCUUUUAUUUUCGUUCGGUGUGUUUCUCUCCCCGGUGUGUGUGUCAGCGGAGCAGCAGCAGGGCCACAGCGGCUUCAGGAGGCUGUACGUGCUCCAGCCGGGGCCGUCGUCGGGUUCGGCCGGUGCGGACGGCGGGGUGCGGGUCAGCUCCAUCUCGACGCACCGCGGCGCGGCUGGGCAGCCGCACACGUACAACGUGGAGCUCACCGCCAACUUCGGCGGCCAGGUCCGGACCCGCAGGAUGGGGAACCAAGCGGCUUCGGUGCCAGUGUUCAGUCAACAGCAACAGCAGGUCGUCCGGCAGAGCGGAGCGGAGCAGAGCCAGCAGAAGCAGCUCCUGAAGCUGUCCGGGGUGAACGUCUGUGGAGGGCAGUGCUGCCAUGGAUGGAGUAAAGCUCAGGGGUCGCAGCGCUGCACUAAACCCAACUGCGUCCCUCAGUGCCAGAACGGAGGAAUGUGCCUGAGGCCUCAGCUCUGUGUCUGCAAGCCUGGCUCAAAGGGGAAGGCAUGCGAGCAGAAGACUGUGUCCACACACCCCUUCCCAGCAGCACCUGGGAACGAACCCACCAAUGGGCACAACACUGGUUACACUAAUGGACACAAUGGAGUACCACAGCGGCCCAUACCUCAGCAAGUGUCUCCCCAUGGCUACGCCUCUGCCCCCCCACCGGCGACCAAUAUGGCUCAGAUGAAACUCACUCUCAAGCCAGCCCCCCAGCUCGUUCGACCACAUUACAUCCAGCAACACAUCCAGCAGCAGAUCCGGCCCAUUCCCAUGCACCCAGUACAGAACCAUCAGUACAUUAUAAAGCCCAAAUACUACCACACACACACCACACAGACCCAUGUCCAGUCCCAACCAGAGAGACCGAUCCCCCUGAGAGUGGGACACAACCCCUUCCAUGCAGUGGGCAACCACACUGGGAGGAUCAAGGUGGUCUUUACACCCACCAUCUGCAAACUGACCUGCACUGGAGGCAAGUGUCACAACAACUGUGAGCAGGGAAACACCACCACCAUCAUCAGUGAGAACGGCCACGCUACAGACACACUGACUGCACCCAACUUCAGAGUAGUGGUGUGUCACCUCCCAUGUAUGAAUGGAGGCAAGUGCAGCGCCAGGGACAAGUGUCAGUGUCCUCCCAACUUCACUGGGAAGUUCUGCCAGAUGCCGGUUCACAGCGGACACCAGCAGCACCAGCAGACGGCGGGCAGCUACAGCCAGACCCAGGUCCACUCCACACACACACUGCCACUGACCUACAGCAAUGGCCAGGGAACUGUGUUCAGCCCCAGCAUCGUCAACAUCCACAUCAAACAUCCUCCAGAGGCCUCGGUCCAGGUCCACCAGGUGUCUCAGCUGGACAACUACCACAACAACGGUCACCAGCUGAAAGGUCCCCAGUCUGGCUCUUCCUCGUCCACCAGCUACACCUACCACCACACCGAGAGCAGCCAGAAGAUCCAGCACCACGGCUACAACAUAGUCUACCCCGGUCAGCACGGCUACCAGGUUCCUCAGUACCAGCCCGUCACCUCCAAGAACACGCUGGGCCGCUGCUUCCAGGAGACCACGGGCAGUCAGUGUGGGAAGGCUCUGCCAGGUCUCACCAAGCAGGAGCAGUGCUGUGGGACCAUUGGGACGUCCUGGGGUUUCCACAAGUGCCAGAAGUGUCCAAAGAAACCAUCCAUCCCACUGAUAGACUGUCCUCAGGGCUACAGGAGAGUCAACAGCUCUCACUGCCAAGAUCUGGACGAGUGCCAGCUGCAGGGAGUUUGUCCCAAUGGAAACUGUCUGAACACCGUGGGCAGCUACAGGUGCAUGUGUAAACCUGGCUAUGUCCCCGACCCCACACUCACCACGUGCAUAUCCAACACACCUGCCAUCCAAGAAGAGAAGGGCGCUUGCUUCCGUUUGGUCAGCUCAGGGAGGCAGUGUUUGCACCCGGUUUCUGCCCACCUGAGCAAACAGCUCUGCUGCUGCAGUGUGGGCAAAGCCUGGGGCCCUCGUUGUGACAAAUGCCCCUCUCCAGGAACAGCUAAGUUCAAAGAGAUCUGUCCUGGUGGAAUGGGCUACACUGUUCUACCAAAUCCACCUGUCAAUAAGCCAGUCACCGUUUAUCAGGAGCCCUCCCACCUGCCCCCUCCCCAGCCCCUGCCAACACCUGAGCGACCAGUGGAGGCCUUUGGGAAACCAGAGGAGAUCAUACCAGUAGCAACAGCUGCACCAGAUCAGGAGCUGCUAGUUCCUGUGUUUAAUAAUAGGCCAGUAGUUGAACCUAUCCUGCCCCAGCUGUCUCCGGGGGUGUCCACUGUCAAGAUGGAGGCAGCCUACCCAGAGGUUGUUGAGAGGAGCUCUCCACCUGCACCAGUGGAGAUCCUCCCAUCGAACGCUGGCCAGGACAUCGCCCCCACCCAGGCAACCGAUAUUGAUGAGUGUCAGAUCAUCCCUUAUAUCUGUGGCCAGCAGGGCAUCUGCUACAACACAGCUUACGGCUUUAUCUGCCAAUGUCAAAAGGGAUACUCCAUGUCUGAUGACCAUGCCACCUGUGUAGAUGUAGAUGAGUGUGUGAAGACUCCAUCUUUGUGCUCUGGUGGUGAGUGCCAGAACACAGAGGGCAGCUUCCUGUGUGUGUGUCCCAGAGGAUUCCUCGUCGACGAGGAGGGGACCAGCUGUGUUGAUAUUGAUGAAUGUGUGAACAGCACUGUGUGUCCUUCUGGCAUCUGCUUCAACGUGCCGGGGAGUUACGACUGUGGCUCCUGUCCUGAUGGCUUCAUGGCGCAGGGAGGCCAGUGUGUAGAUGUGGAUGAGUGUCAGGACCAGCGGGUCUGUACCAGGGGCCACUGUCUGAACACUGAGGGCUCCUUCAUCUGUGAGUGCGGGCCGGGCUUCAGAGUGUCAGCAGCUGGAGACCAGUGUAACGAUGUGGACGAGUGUGUGGAGGAGGCUCAGCCCUGUGAGGAUAUAGGGGAGUGUGUCAACAGUCUGGGCUCCUACACCUGUACCUGUCCACAGGGAUACCAACAGAUCAACAGCACCAGCUGUAUAUAUAUCGACGAGUGUGUGGACGAGCCGGAGCUUUGCUCCCCCCACGGAGAGUGUCUCAACACACAGGGGUCCUACCUGUGUGUGUGUGAGAGUGGAUUCACCGCUAACCUCGACACACCCUCCUGUGACGACAUUGAUGAGUGUGGCCUCAAUGAGACGCUGUGUGGCCCCCACGGCUUCUGUGAGAACAGACUGGGCUCUUUUAGAUGCCUCUGCGACCAGGGCUACCAGGAGUCCCAGGACGGCUACGGCUGUGUGGAUGUGAAUGAGUGUGAGCUGCUGAGCAGUGUUUGUGGAGAAGCUCAGUGUGUCAACACAGACGGCUCCUUCCUCUGUGAGUGUCCCAGCGGCCAGGACUACAACCUCAACGUCGCCAAGUGUCAACCUGUUCCCACAGCGUCGUCAGUGGAGCGUAAGGAGUGCUACUUCCACCUCAACAACGAGAAUCUGUGUGAGAGCGUGCUAACCAGCCACGUCACCCUGCAGGAGUGCUGCUGCACGCUGGGAGCCGGCUGGGGUGACAACUGUGAGGUGCACCCCUGUCCUGUCAAUGGCACUGACCAGUUUAACCUGAUGUGUCCAUCUGGUAGAGGCUUCAUCCCCAGUGCAGACCCUCUGUACGGAGCCCCCCCUGCUGACAGCUACAGAGAUGCAGAUGAGUGUUCACUGUUUGGUGAGGAGGUGUGUAAAGGAGGCUUCUGCCUGGACACUGUGGGCAGCUACGAGUGUUACUGCAAGACCGGACAGGACUACGACCCAGCAAGACUGGAAUGCAGAGACAUCAACGAGUGUGUGGAUGAGUCGGUGUGUGUUGGGGGACAGUGUCUGAACACAGAUGGCUCAUACAUGUGUUUCUGCACACACCCCAUGGUGCUGGACCCCAGCAGUAACAGCUGUGUGCUCAUGCCUGAGGCAGUUGAGUCUCAUGAGGCAGAGCAGGUGGACUACCAGGGGAUCUGCUGGCAGAAAGUCACAGACACGACAUGCACCAAUCCGCUGGGUCUCAACAGGAAGACCACGUACACAGAGUGCUGCUGCCUGUACGGAGAGGCCUGGGGCAUGGACUGUGCUCUGUGUCCCCCCAGACACACAGAGGACUAUGCUGCCAUGUGUAACCUUCCUCUGGGGGGUGGGCGGCGGCCCUACGGUCAUGACGCCCUUUCUGCCGGUCCGGUCCAUGAAUAUGAAGUGAGCCCGGACUAUUCACCGUCACCUGAGCAGCAGGCCGUCCUGCCUUUCUACAACGAGGAGCCUCCAUUCAAGGCGUUCGAGGGUUUGCGAGCAGAGGAGUGCGGGAUACUGAACGGCUGUGAGAAUGGCCGCUGUGUCCGGGUUCAGGAGGGCUACACCUGCGACUGCUUUGAUGGAUACACCUUCGACAUGUCCCGCAUGGCCUGCAUUGAUGUGAACGAGUGCUCAGAACUCAACAGUCGGAUGUCACUGUGUAAAAACGCCAAGUGCAUCAACACAGUGGGCUCCUACCAGUGUGUGUGUCUGCCGGGGUUCACGGCCUCCGACAAACCCAACUACUGCGUGGAGGCCACAACACACCAAACAUCAACACACACACAGUGAGCAUGGACAGACACUAGGGGGCGACAAUAGACACAAAACCACACGCACAAGCUUGUAUUACUAUACUUGUGAGGACGUCCACUAAAAACAUUCAGUCACUUCCAGAUCCGCAACACCACCUCAGAGUUCUGAUCCUGGUCCGGUUAGUGUCUGACCCACAACCCUGAGACCUGAACCUUGUCUUUAAAUGAACCUAAUCCUGAUUCUGAUCUUAUUCCAUAAUUUAAACCUGAUCCAAAUCCCGAUCAGGUACCACUGUCAUUACUCUUAUAUAUGCCUGUAUUCCCUCUUGCAUCACUGUGGAUGUUUUUACUUUCCCUCUGUUGUAUUAUAGUUGUUUUACUUUUUCAUUUUAGUGGUUUCGAUCAUGGACAUUUUAAAAUAAACCUAAAUAUUAUAAAGUAUUUCCAAUGUUAAGGCCUAAAAUAUUAGUAUCAGAAUAUUAUUUUUAAUGACUUUCCACCAACCACACUGUCAACACUGUGACUAGCUUUGGUUUCUUUGUUGAGGGAAUCAUUUAGUAUUUGGUGCUUAUUUACUUUCUUUCCUAGAGACAGGUGAGACCUCAUAUCUCUGCUCUGUGUAGAGAGCUAGUGAUUAGCCUAGCUUGGUACAGAGACUGGAAGCUGGAGGAAACAACUGGAUAGUCUUUAUGAUAAGCUAGGCUAACACUUUCCAGAAAUGUUGAACUGUUCCUUUAGUUUGAACCUGUUGCGACUGACAGAAGACAGAAGCUUCAUCAUCAUUUGUUAGAAACACAGUUUGGAGAACAAAAUAAAGAAACACAUGUAGAAUGUUGUGUUAGCAUGUUAGUAGAGCAGCACAGGAGGCAUUCAGGCACAGUACUCAGUGUCGGUCAUCCACGUUUCGGAAGUGUUCAGAGUCACGUUCACGGGCGUAAGUGAGACACAAGCUGUUAGCAGGCUGUGUAAAAAAGCUAGACUGAUUAAGGCCCUGUUCAGAAGUGAACCGCUCUAAGUUCAGGUGUGAACACACCCAAGACGCAUUGAGAUCCCAUCACACAUUCUUUCAGAAGUGUGAGCGAAAAUGUGUCCUAUGAACUCGCCAACAGUAUCAGAUUAACAUGACAACAGACAACAACAACAACAACAUACAAACUGGAUUAUUGUAGCUGGAGCACACACAACAAACACUGUCUGAUCAGGACUAUGGACACUGGAAGAUUCAUAUCGCAGACAGGUGAUUUAUGAGGAGACAGACUCCAUUUUUCAUUCCAGUACAGAGCAUAAAUAUCACAUGGAAUAUCUGAGACAUUUAAAUGGUGAAGGAUGAAUGUAUUAGGUAGUAGUUAGGGAGGGAUUUUCAGCCAAUGGGUGAACAGCUUCAUGCUCAUGAUGAUGAAGCAUAUUAGCAUGCUAGCAUUUGUUAUUACAGGUGAGGGUGAUGGAGUGUUGUUUUUUUUAGCCAUAAACCAAAGAAAUGGACAAAGUCUAACUUUGAACUGAUGAUUGUGUUAAUUGAAGAGUCAGAGGAUCAACACGUUGUAACAAG